CUUGUCUUGCCCUGCCCUGCCUUGCCUUGCCGUGUGUCCCCUGCUGCGGACGGGCGGGCGCGGCGUGCCCGGGGACUGCGGCGCGGGCUCUCCGGAUGUCGUCUGUUACUGAAAAUGGAGACGUUACUGCUGGAAAGCCAAAUGAAGAGAAAACAUAUAAAAAGACUGCAUCCUCGGCUAUUAAAGGUGCUAUCCAGUUGGGAAUAGGAUACACAGUAGGAAAUCUUACAUCAAAGCCAGACAGAGAUGUUCUUAUGCAAGACUUCUAUGUAGUGGAAAGUGUCUUUCUACCAAGUGAAGGGAGCAAUCUUACCCCUGCUCAUCAUUACCCUGACUUCAGAUUUAAGACAUAUGCACCUCUUGCCUUCCGAUAUUUCAGAGAACUUUUUGGUAUCAAGCCUGAUGACUAUUUGUACUCAAUCUGCAGUGAACCUUUAAUUGAAUUAUCCAACCCAGGUGCCAGUGGGUCUUUAUUUUUUGUAACUAGUGGUGACGAAUUCAUCAUCAAAACAGUUCAACACAAAGAAGCUGAGUUUCUUCAGAAGCUCUUGCCAGGUUAUUAUAUGAAUCUGAACCAGAAUCCAAGGACUCUUCUUCCCAAAUUUUAUGGGCUGUACUGUGUUCAGUCAGGAGGCAUUAAUAUUAGAAUUGUUGUCAUGAACAAUGUUUUACCACGAGCCUUGAAAAUGCAUUUCACAUACGACUUGAAAGGCUCCACAUACAAACGCAGAGCAUCAAGAAAAGAGAGGGAGAAGUCCAACCCUACAUUCAAAGACCUGGAUUUCCUGCAAGAUAUGCAUGAAGGGUUGUAUUUUGAUUCUGAAACACACAGUGCACUAAUGAAAACACUACAGCGGGAUUGUCAAGUUCUAGAAAGUUUUAAGAUCAUGGAUUACAGUCUGCUUCUGGGAAUCCACAUAUUGAACAGUAACAUGAAGGAAAGAGAAGGAGAGUGUUCCCAGAGUGCAUCAGAUGCUAAACGCCAUGGAGGACAGAAAGUUCUUUAUUCCACAGCCAUGGAGUCUAUACAGGGCCCUGGGAAGUCUGGAGACUCCGUCACCACAGAGAAAACAAACACAAUGGGAGGUAUUCCAGCAAAAAGCCAUAAAGGUGAAAAGCUGCUUUUAUUUAUGGGUAUUAUUGAUAUUCUCCAGUCAUACAGGUUAAUGAAGAAGCUGGAACAUUCUUGGAAAGCUCUUGUUUAUGAUGGGGAUACUGUUUCAGUUCACCGACCAAGUUUUUAUGCAGACAGAUUUUUAAAGUUUAUGAAUGCACGAGUUUUCAAAAAAGUUCAAGCUUUAAAGACUUCACCUUCAAAGAAACGGUGUAAUUCCAUCACAGCCCUAAAGGCAGCAUCACAAGAAAUAGUGUGUGCAGUUAGCCAGGACUGGAAGGAUGAAAAGCAUGGCAUUCUUGCUGAAGGACAAAGUUAUGCCAGCCUUGAUGAAGAAGUACUAGGUUCGCACCACCGACCGGAUCUAGUGCCAAGCACUCAAUCUCUGUUUGAAGCAGCUUCCUUGGCAACCACACUUUCUUCUUCUUCCUUGAAUGCAGAUGAUCACUGUCAACGUGAUCAACCUACACUCUAUUCUAGCAGUAAGGGGUUACCUUCAAGCUCAACAUUCACUUUGGGAGACAGUGCUAUCUAUUUGACUUCAGAACAGAGCACAUUGGAAAUGGAAAAUGAUAAUGCUUCAGUUUUGGAUGUCUAUUUAUUUUUUUAUAGGUAUGAUUUUUCAUCUGAGGGAAGACCAUCAUGCGGAAGCUGACAGCACUGAUAUUCAUGACAUAUGAAGACUGCUACUUUUAAGUAGUAAAUACCACGGUUUUGCAAGAUAAAAAUAAGCUGUUGUGAACUGCUGAGUGAUCUCAGAUUGUUAUGUUUCUCUGAUAUCCACAGUGUUCAGCAUUUUGCAGCAGCAAGUAGUUCUAGUUCACGUAAUACAAGUGUACCGCAAUGCCUGCAAAACCCCUAGGGGUUUGCUGUUGUACAAGAGACCCAGUGCUUUUGACCAGGGCUCAUGGUCAUAAGAGAAUCACUGCCAAAUUUUGCUGCAGCCUGUUUAGGGGAGGAAAGUUGUUACCCUGUGUAUAAUUCUGUAAGAAAACGAGUAAACACAACUCUUAACUUG